UUAUUACACUCUAAAGAACCAAACCACACCAAAAUUUCUUAGUUCAACUUUCUUAUCUAAUUCUUCUACCAAAUUUUCAUUUUUUUUUCUCUCUUUGCGUUAAAAUCUUCUCAUUACCCGUUACUGAAGUCAGAAACAUAACUCAGUUUCAAAACAAAUCAAGAUCAAAACAACAACUACCACAAGAACAACCCUUUCUAUAAUUGGAUCUACCCUUUCUUCUCUCAGUUUUGAACCAGUCAUGGUGUUUUCUCUCCACAAGCUUCUGGGUUCUUCCUCGUUUCUCCUUCUCUUCUGGGCCCUCUCCGUUUCUUCUCUCACUCCCACUUUCAUUUCAGACCACGUUUUCGAUUCUCAAGCACAUGCCGGUCGGAAUCUCCUUCAGGCGAAAAAAGGUUGUUCUGUGAAUUUUGAGUUUUUAAACUACACAAUCAUCACAAGCAAAUGCAAAGGACCCCAAUACCCUCCCAAAGAAUGUUGUGGGGCAUUUAAAGAAUUUGCUUGCCCUUAUGCAGAUGUUAUAAAUGAUCUCACAAAUGAGUGUGCCUCAACCAUGUUUAGUUACAUCAAUCUGUAUGGAAAAUACCCUCCUGGCCUCUUUGCCAGUGAGUGUCGUGAAGGGAAGCUUGGUCUUGAAUGUCCUGCAUUGCCACCAUCAGUUUCAGCAGAUGACACUUCAAACCAAUUUCUUCACUGUCCAUCUCUGUUUCUUUUGCUCACAACCUGUUUCUUAAUCUUCUUAUUCUGAUAUAUUUCUAUACCAACUUUCAUUCUUUGUUCUUGCACUAUAUAUAUUCGUGCAUUACCAUUUUUGUAUGCUGUGUUUGAAGUGCUUUUUGAGCCAAAGAAUUGUCCAUGUGCCUGUAGUUUGAGGAUUGUAUUAUAUUGAAAAAAUUACUUAUGCCUAGUGAUUUAUCUUCUUGCUGCA